AUGUUCAUCGGCGCGUAUGCUUAUUUCCUCUCAUUCGAUAUUAGCCCCUCAGCUCGAUUUCAAGAGGAUACUGCCACUCGAGACAGCAAGGCACUUGCAUCACUCGUUCUGCCGCCUGGGCGCAAUGAGCACCCUGUCAAGCGCAAAAUUGAAUUUUCUGACCCGGAAACCCCUCGGAAGCAACAAAUACUUGAAUCAUUUUCCACAGACGGUGUGCGUCUGGUUGUUGCCACGCCCACAAAAACGAUUCGUCACAACACGGAUCUUACUAGCCCUACUGUAAAGUGCUUGUAUAGGGAGGCAUCAGACAUUUUUUUGAAGCGUAAAGCAGAUGCUCAACUAGACCCCUUUACGAUCAAAUGCGCAAAAUUUUGUGAGCUGCCGCCUAAUGCAAGAACUUUCAUCUGGUCACUACCCGUGGAAAUCCUCAGCUCUAUCGCCAGUCUACUAGGAGUGCGAGAUCUACACACUCUUACCCAAGUUUCUUCUCUGCUGAGGGAGGUCUCCGGCCCUCCAUUCUUCGCCAACAGAAACUUUUCAACCUCCCCACAGGACACAUGUUACUUGCGUGUCGACUCGCCUAAUUUUGAUGUGUUGAUGACUUGGAGGCGAAUGUAUAAUUUUCGUUCACCAUGUAUGCUCUUGUGCUGGAUUGAGGCUGAUGUGCAACCUGCACAACUUUCUACAUUUUUGCACUUCCUGCAAUCCGUCCCUCGGAAAUCCAUAUGA